GCGUGGUCGUUGUUGACUGGAGCUCGAUAUCAAUGAAUUCUUACGCAAUCUCGGCGUCGCAAGUCCGUGUCGUUGAUGUUAAAAUCGGUGAAACGAUCGAGCGAGGAUGGGAAUGUGAGGAUGUGCUCACGUAAUGGGCAUCGCUGGUCGCGCAUUGUACGGAUUGCUUAAGAGCGUUUAUGGACUGGACCCAGUGCUACCGUUGUUUUCGUUCGCCCCCGAGGGUCGGAGAAUUUCUAAAGGGGGUGCGCAAUACUUCGAAAUAAUCCACACGGAUGCAGGCUUCCUGGGCAUCGAAGAAGCUCUUGGUCAUAUCGACUUCUACGUCAAUGUUGGACAGGAUCAGCCAGAUUGUGAAGGAAAUCACGCCUGUUCGCAGAAUCGGUCAAUCCGAACGUAUCUUUUACCGGAUCCUCUAAUAAAAAGUUCAUGAGCUCGAAAUGUAUCGAAUUAUAUCGAAAUAUCGAACUCUUGAAGCCUCUUUAUUCGUGCUGUGAUUGGUCGCUUUGAAAUCUCGAAUUUAAAGUCCUGCUCUUAGUUUGAUAGUUUCAACUGUCAGAUUGACAGUUCGUGUAUGCGCAGUUGAUUAUAUCAACCAACAGCGUUUAAUUACAUGGCCCACAGAGAAACAGCACAUUCAAAUAAAAAAGUAUUCGUAUUCGAGUGUAAAAUAACAUAACCCAUGUUUUUCAGGCUCCAGUUUUUUUCAGCACGAAAAUAGGAAAUAAUAUUUACAUUGAAUUGAAAUGCGAAUUGCUUUUUAUUUCGUACUUCGAAUGGUAAUAGAUUUAUCGUAGGAUGAUUAUGAAAAUAUACGAAUUUUCUCAAGGUC